CCACGGCGCCCGCAGCGCGCGCGGGGAGGCUGCUGCGUUAGCCCACUGCGCCAUCUAGAGUCCGUCCGUGCUCAUUGCAGGUUGGCCCUGGAAGGUCAAACACUGCCAUCUAGGUGGUGCGUGGGGCAACGCGUAGCCUUCAAGAGGGGAUCGAAUUUAAAAACGCAAAGAAAAAUCGAGCGUACGGCUUAUUAGUUUGCCUGCAAGGUGAAUAAUUUUAAGCCUAGAAAUUCCAAGUUCCAAUCGUGUAAACUUGAAUAAUGGCUAGCAAGCAUCUGCCAGUCAUUUGGGGUGGUACCAGGGCUAUGCCGAGGAGUCUCAUCAGUCUUCACUUUCACGUGACACAGCCUCGAAGGGAAAAAUCCGUGUAAGCAUACACCCAGUUAAAUUUGAACUUCUGGUCAACCACGAACAACAUUUUUUGUGGAAUAAGACUGCAAAAAAGCUUGCCCUUUCAAGAAGCUCACAUUCUUGAUGCGUGACUUAGAAGAUAAACAAGUAGAAUAUAUAGGAAUAAGACAGGUGGUAAGAAGGCCUGUGGGCUAAAAGGCUGGGGCAGGGUCUGUUUUACAAAGGGUGGACAAGAAGGGCCUCACUGAUAAAUUUGAGCACAGACCUAAGCAACUGAAAGAGUGAGCCACGAAGAUACCUGUGGGAGGAACAUGCUUGGAGUAUUCAAAGAAUGGGGAGGCCAGGUGGACCUGAGGUUGCAGGGCCUUCGAGGGUCAUUUGGCUUUUACACCGAAAUGUGAAGCCGUGAGGAAGCCACCUCUUAUGAGCAAGGAGUGACAUGAAUUAAAGUAUGAUUGUAAAAAGAUACACAUAUUUAAUGUAUACCAUUUGAUGAGCUCCAGGAUAAGUAUAUACUCAUUAAACCAAAAACACUACCAAAGCCCUAAACAUAUCCAUCACCUCCUAGAGAUUUCUCCUGCCCCUUCUAUUGUUGUUUGUGUGUGUGUGCGGUAAGAACAUUUAACAUAGGAUCUACUCUCUUAGCAAAUUUUAAGUAUAUGUAUAAUGCGGUAACUUAGCUAUAGGCACUGUAGCUUAUUUCAUUUUAACCAUUGUGCUGAGUGAAGAAUCUAGAAGACAAAGGGGGAAGCAAGGAGAUCCUUUAGGAGACCAUUACAAUCAUCUAAAGUGAGAAAUAAUGGUAGCUUGGUGGUGAUGGGGGGGGGUGCUAUCUAAUCAUUUCUGAUUAGAGUUGGGUACAUUUUAAAGGCGUAACCAACAGGAUUUACUGAUAGGAUUGUAUAGAAAAUGGGAGAGAAGAGUCAAGAAUGACCCGACCCCAAGGUAUUCUGGAAAAGUGAAAUUGGCCUGUGUUCAGCAGGGAUGUGCACGGAAGGGUAUCUUGGAAGAGAAAUUGGGAGUUUGUUCUGGUCACACUGAGCUCGCUGUGCCUGUCAGAUAUCCAAGUGGAGACCGGGCAGUUCGCAUCUGAGUUCCCAAGACAGGGCUGGAGGGAGACAGGCGAUAGAGAGAGGGAGGAGCCUUCAGAGGUGUUCACCGCAGGGGGCUCCAAUUAGAGAGUGAGAAGGAGCAGCGAGGAGGGAGGAGGAAGAAGAACGAGUGAUGUGUGGGCAGCUGAGUGAAGAAAGGUUUACGGAAAGAGGCAUGGUGACAGUUCCCGAUGGAUAUUGCGACGCUCCCCGCUGUUAUCUCCCAAUUCAGGGGAAGUCUUCGGUUUCUAGAAAUCUCCGAAAUGAGUUUGAGGCAUGCUUUCUAACGGCACCUGUGUCAUCCAAUGAAGUUCUGCUGCAGGGCGCAGGGCGGCGGGCCGCCAGACACGCCGCCUGAAGGGAGGCCUGGAGAAGCCUCGGAGGUGCACCAGCGUAAACAGUUCUGUCACUGGCCCUGUCAAUGCCCUCGCCAGAAGCCCAGCUGCCCUCCUGGAGUGAGCCUGCUGAGGGACGGCUGCGGAUGCUGUAAAGUCUGUGCCAGACAAGCAGGGGACAUGUGCAACGAGGCCGACCUCUGCGACCCGCACAAAGGGCUGUACUGUGACUACUCGGCAGACGGGCCUAGGUACGAGACUGGAGUGUGUGCGCAUCUUAUAGCUGUGGGAUGUGAGUUCAACAGGGUACAUUAUCAUAAUGGCCAAGUCUUUCAACCCAAUCCCCUGUUCAGCUGUCUCUGUGUGAGUGGGGCCAUUGGAUGCACACCUCUGUUCAUACCAAAGCCGGCUGACAGUCACUGCUCUGGGGCUAAAGGUAGAAAGAAGUCUGAUCAAUCAAACUGUGGCCUGGGACCGUUCCAACAACAGCUUUCAACAAGCUACAAAACAAUGCCAGCUUAUAGGAAUCUCCCACUUAUUUGGAAAAGAAAAUGUCUUGUGCAAGCAACAAAGUGGACCCCUUGCUCCAGAACCUGUGGGAUGGGAAUAUCUGAUAGGGUGACCAAUGAAAAUAGCAACUGUGAAAUGAGAAAAGAGAAAAGACUGUGUUAUAUCCAACCCUGUGACAGUAACAUAUCAAAGAGAAUAAAGAUCCCUAAAGGAAAAACGUGCCAACCCACUUUCCAACUUCUCAAAGCUGAAAAAUUCAUCUUUUCUGGAUGCUCAAGCACUCAGAGUUACAAACCCACUUUCUGUGGAGUAUGCUUGGAUAAGAGAUGCUGUGUCCCUAACAAGUCUAAAAUGAUUACCAUUCAAUUUGAUUGCCCAAAUGAAGGGUCAUUUAAAUGGAAGAUGCUGUGGAUUACAUCUUGUGUAUGUCAAAGAAACUGCAGAGAUCCAGGAGAUACAUUUUCGGAGCUCAAGAUCCUAUAAAACCAACUUUAUAUGGGAAAAGUUAAGUUUAGGUAAUCAUGUCAUUACAUCAUAAAAUUAGAAUGGUUUUAAAGGGUGGCAAAUCUACCUUAUUGAUUUAAAACAGUAAGAAUGCCUACUUAUUCUCAAAUGACUGUAUUUAAGGCAAUAGAAGCUUUUAAAAAGGUUUGUUAAAAAAAUAUAUGUAAAACUUAAAAACCUUAAAAGUGAACUCUUACUUUAAAAUGUAUAAUUAUGAAAUACGCAGAUACUUGGUUCCAUCUACAUAUUCCAUACAUAAUGGAAAAUUAUACAAUUUACAAGAAAACAUUUCAUUCUAUAAAGUAAUCUGGAAUACUUUGUUGAAGAUGAGUAAAAAGUUUAAAACUCUUAAAACUAGCCUUUAAAACUUUGUGUACUUUGACAGUGUAGCCUAGGAUCCAGUCAGAUGAUAAUCAUUACAUGGUGAGCAAGAUUCUAGGUUAAUUCUUAAAAAGGAGUAAGAUUAAACUGUAAAUAUAUUUAUAGCUUCCAUUGCCCUAUCCUGAAUAUGAGUUUAUUAAGGUUUCUUUUGGAAGGAGAAAGUAGAACUUCGUUGGCCAUUGUUAACAACUGUAGACAACUGUAAUCUAAAAGUUUAUAUACCAAAUAAUGUAAAAAAUUAAAUUUCCAAGAUAAAGAUCUAAAGCAGUAUCCUUACUUUGAAAAGGAAAGAAACUUAAGAAUAUAACACUAAAGAAAAGCACACAAUGGAUUAUUCUGGCUUGAAAAUUGUCCCUAAAAAUUACUUCCUUAAAUGACAAAUCUAUCUAUGGACUUAAAAUAUAAAUUAUUUUAUUUAAAGAUAAAUUAACGUUAAAACCUAGAGCUGGAG